GAGUUCAUUACAUUUUACUUUCGUUUAAUAUUGAUUUCUUAUUUUUUUACAGUGCUUUUGAGCAAUUAUGGAGACAAAGCUCUUACGGCAAAGCCAAGGCGGCGAGGGGAAUUCUCGUUCGAAGUCUUCAUCAGGAAACUGGGUACGGUUUGUCAAGAUUAUAUUUCCUUCAGAAGACUCCACCCUGAAAAUUCCGGAAGAGUAUGUGAGAAAAUGUGGAAAGAAAAUGCCGAAGGUGGGAUCUUUUGAGGUUCCAACAGGGGAAGUUUGGGAAAUCGAGCUGGUUCAUUCCCAAGGUCAAGUUUGUCUAGCCAAGGGAUGGAAAGAGUUCACUCGGAAAUACUCAAUAAGAGAGGGCCACUUUCUGGUAUUCAGAUAUGAUGGAGAAUCCCAUUUUCAUGUCAUCAUAUUCGACAAGAGUGCUACUGAAAUAGAAUAUCCACAAUUCAAAACUCAUGAUGAUGAUGGUGACGCUGCCAGAUUCAAAGCCGCCUGCAAUUCCGAGUCUGACUCUGAUGAUGAUGAGAUUUUCCAGGAAGAAAUGGAAACAGAAUGCGGACUAAACAAGAGAAAGAGGAAAGAAGGGUUUGGAUCCGAAGUUGGUGACGUCAACAGAUUGAAUUACAGUGUGAAUGUGGAAGAGUCACUCCACCAUGUACAUGAGAGCUCACCUUCUCUGAAUCCUAAAAACCUGAGUGUUGAAGCAUACAAGAAGUAUAAAUGGAGAUCGGUUAGGAAGGUAACCAAUGCCAUUGAAAGAGCAAAAUCUUUUCGGUCAAAGAAUCCAUUUUACAUUUCCGUCAUGUACCGGUCUUAUAUUUCCUCCCCAUAUACAUUAGUAAGUGCCUUUUUCCAUACGGAUGUCUUGCAAGAUCUUUAGUGCCCAUUUGGUAACUAAAUAAGGGAUUGAAUUUGCUGGAUUGGAUGAAAUUAUGGCAGAAGUGACUGAAUCUGCUACAUUAUAGAAAAAUUAUAGGUAGUAUUUAAAAUAUAAUUUACUAAAAAAUAAAGCCAAAAAUGUAACUCGAACCUUACUCAUUUUGAUUAUUACACAAUAUAACACGCGAAAUAAAAAAUUACGUGUUGGUAAUUGGUAAAAAAGUUGACUGAUAAAGUUAAUAAGUUAAAAAUAAGGAAUUACCAAAUGGGCUGAUCUACUAACGCUUGUUGUUUUUUCAGAGCAUUCCCUUGCAAUUUGUUAAGAACCUCUUUACUUCAAAGCAUAAUGAUUUGCAUACUGAUAUAUUGCUAAUUUCGAGUGGGAGAUCAUGGUCCGCCAAAUGCACCCUAGGUAGGUCAGCUUGUGUCAAGAUCAAUGGAUGGAGGGACUUCGUGUUAGACAACAACCUGAAAAUUGGUGAUGUUUGCAUCUUAGAGGGUUUGAAAGGCGGAAGCCCAUUGAUCUUCAACGUCAUAAUAUUUCGGGCAGAUUAAUGAUGCACAGUCCGGUAAUUAAAAAAAUAUUGGCCUGACUCUUCAGCAAACCGGGCAUACGAGUCAUAUGCAGAGUUCAACAUUUUUUUGAUGUUUUAUUCCACUUUUAGUCCUAGAAGUUUUGUGUCAAUUCAACAUUUAAUUCACGUUUUGUAUUUUGUCCACGUUUGGUAUUUGACUAAUCGUUGUUUGACCAUUUUGAUCCUUCCGUUCAAUUCUCCGACACUUCUCCAUUGAUUUUAAUCAUCAGAAAUAUGAACGGAAGGAUCAUAUAUGGGAAAAAAAUAUUCAUGUAUCACAAGUGUUCAAAAUCAAAGACGUAAACUAAUUGUGAAAUUGAUAUGAUACUCAUAAGAUCAAGAGUGAAAUUUAUUCUUUUUAGGCCACCCCUAACUACGAAGAAUAAAGAGAUGAGAUCUUUUAUAUCACAUCUUUUGUCCCAUAAUAUCUUUUCUUGAAGAUUGACAUAUGUUCUUACCAAUACAUAUAUGUAUAGUGCUUUUAAUUGA